AUGGUUUUGAUAACUAUAUUGAGUGAAAGCACAAGCGAUAAGACGUGUGAUGAGAUCCGUAUCGAUGCGAUCACUACUGUAAACAAUCAGACUCUUGUGGUAUUCGAUCACAACAAGAAUGUAUGGGUUGUGAACAGAGGGAAUGGAGGCAGUGUGAGAGGUCCCUGUCCUGUGAGAAGUCUGUUCAAUGAGAUGAAUGGUCCGGUAAAGGCGGCCGUCACUAUCAUAGAUCACCCGUCAAUAGUUGAGUUCAUUGGGGCCGCCGUUUACUUCGAAAGCAAACAAUUCUAUACUUUUCGGAAUUUCAACCCAUAUGUCGUUGAAUGGGGUUCUCUGAAAUAUAUCCCACACAAGGGUUUAGUGGAGAAUAUCGCCACGUCUUCAGCCGAGGCUCAAAAGAUUCUGAAGGGAAUCGAGUUUGAUACCCCGGUUAUUUCUAAUAUGGAUUUAGAGCUCAAGAAGUUUGGAAUUCCCAAAACCCAACGCCCGAAACAUAUCGACGCGGCCCUCACGUUAAGAACAAGCGGUCAAAACACAGAGUUAUAUCUCUUUGUUGAGGACAAGUACUGCUCAUUUCGUAUGCAAUUGGAUGUCCCGCAGGAAUGCCUUUUCAAACCAAUUAAAGAGUUUCUCAAUUGCAAUAAAGUUGUGACAAAAGGCGUGACUUGUGAUAAGCCUAGCGGUGAAGAGAAGGCCAUUAACGUGGCUCUAAAUAAGGCGCCCAAAGACUUUCAAAUUGGUCGAAUCGCUUCCAGAAGUGGUGAUCUGUCACCGAAGGAACAAAAUGAUGACAACCAAACUAAAUUGUGUCUGUAUCUGCAGGUGACUUGUGAUCCAUUUGGUGGCAAACCAUAG